UACCGCGCAGAAAGUUUGUAGAAGAUGAAAAGCAUUUAAUUAAACGAGCUCCGACGUCGACAAUUUACAGUACUUCGCUUCAGCUACUCAGCUAGCCACUUAGCUACGAACGUUGCGUUAUAAUAGCGUCGAAACGGACAAGCUCGGUGCUUAUGCAAAUUACAGCACGCAUCAUUUAUGGCAUUUCAACUGUAGGGCAGGCCACGCCACCAACUAGCGAGUGUUUAUUAAAACUAGCUGCGAGGUAGUUAUCGUUAGAUAGAGAAUGGUGGCUGGCUAACCCUGGCUAACUAGCAUUAACUGCCAACGCACAGGCAAAAAAAGCAAGCUCCACCAGCUAUCAGAUCUAGAAUCAGCUAAUCUUUCAUGUUUGAUGUAGCUACGGCCAAAAUAGUGUUCGAUGUAAGGUUACUUCUGCAUUUAGCAUCACGCGAACAGCUCGGGAACUGGGGAGUUGGCUUGUUUAUGCAAGAUCAGGCUAACCUUAGCUAAAUGACCUAGCCAUCGUUACCACCGCAUCAGUGUCCGACGAAUGGCACAACAGUACGCGUCAUACAAUAACGACUAGCUAGGCUAACGUUAGUAGCUACCCUAAUAAAAACAUUGACGGAGCAUACUGUGUAAUUAAUCUCCUGUCCUGGGAAUAGUGCCUGAAAGUUAACAGAACAUGUCAAACAGCUGAAAAAAAAAAAAUAUUAUUCCAUAUACGUUUACUGGAUAUGUCAGGCUAACGUUACCUUGUUGUAAAAUCCAGCUAUGACCAGUUUGAAAUGACCAGCUACCAGCUGUUUCAGCUAUUUUUUUUCGCAGGGUAGUCCUGAGUUCAGAAAGAACAAUGUUCUAGAAAUAUGAUUAUUGGCGAGUGAGUCAUUUUGAAGCUAAAACGCAAUAGUGAGUAAAAAUGUCGCCAGAAAUAUGAUCCUAUUUUGCAGUUAUCAUUUCAGGGCGUCUUCAAAGUUUGCACAACAGUAUUAAAUGACAACGCAACUGUUUUACUGUAUAACGGAAUGGAACUAAGUUUGUAACUCAAAGGUGUUGAUCGGGACAGAGCCUUGAGAUCAGCAGUCUUCAUCGGUACCCUUUCUAAACAUCUGCCCAAACCGUGGGGCAAAUGGAGAAUGGUGGCUGGGGCUAUAUGAUGACUGAUCCAGUCACGCUGAACGUGGGGGGGCACCUGUACACCACCUCUCUGUCCACCCUGCAGCGGUACCCGGACUCCAUGCUGGGGGCCAUGUUCGGGGGGGACUUCCCCUCCGUGCGCGACGCUCAGGGGCACUACUUCAUCGACCGCGACGGGACGCUCUUCCGCCACGUGCUCAACUUCCUGCGCACGUCCGAGCUCACGCUGCCCGCGGACUUCAAGGAGACGGAGCUUCUGCGCAAGGAGGCCGACUUCUACCAGAUCGAGCCCCUGAUCCAGUGCCUGAGAGACCCCAAGCCGCUCUACCCUCUGGAGACCUUUGAGCAGGUGGUGGAGCUCUCCAGCACCCGCAAGCUCUCCAAGUACUCCAACCCCGUGGCGGUCAUCAUCACACAGCUCACCAUCACCACCAAGGUGCACGCCCUGCUGGAGGGCGUGGCCAACAGCUUCACCAAGUGGAACAAGCACAUGAUGGACACACGGGACUGCCAGGUGUCCUUCACCUUUGGGCCCUGCGACUACCACCAGGAGGUGUCCCUGCGCGUACACCUCAUGGACUACAUCACCAAGCAGGGCUUCGCCAUCCGCAACACGCGCGUGCAUCACAUGAGCGAGCGGGCCAAUGAGAACACAGUCGAGCACCACUGGACUUUCUGUAGGCUGGCCCGCAAGGUGGAGGACUGACCCGCCCGGCGCUGCCGGCCACGGCACCCCGUCCUCCUCACCGCCAGAAACGGCCCGGUCCGGAGCCCGCUGACUGCGGGACUGACUGGCGGUCCCACGUUUUCCGUCUUAUUUUGAGAAAGAAGAAAGAGUUCCAGGCACCAUUAAUCAUGACGGGAGAGUAAAAUAAAAUGGCUUUAGGUAUUUAUCACUUAAUAACUGCCUUUGUUCUGCAUUUUGAAAAAUGUUUCAAAAUGUUGGUGUGGAUGAUUGUGUAUUCUCCAGUGGAGAAUACUCUGUGCUGUCAGCUUCAGGUAAACUACAGUUUAAAGCAAUGUAAGCAGACUCGAGCGAGCCAAUAUUUUAUUGAACCAACAACGAAAAUGGAUGAGGGCUUGAGUUUUGAUCCGAUAGAUUGACUAUCUGAGGGAUCUAUAACAUCAUGGGUUUGUGCCAAGAAAAUGUUCAAUUACAAAAUGCAUUCCUCUGUUUCAGUCUCCAAUAGAACCAGAUGAGUAUUGUAGCUGGAAGGGUUAUAAUAUGCACAAUGUACAGAGCUGCAUUGCCCAAGAAUGGCUGUUCCUCUAGUGUUAGCAGUCCCCAGUAUAAAUGUUAUAGAUGUUCUGUUUUGUGCACUGCAUGAUGCAUUAAGAUAAUUUUUUGCAUGUGAUCUUUAUAGAAAAGGUGUCCUAUUUCUGAGCAGUUAAGAAUGGAAGUGUAAAAAACAAACAUGAAUGAGUCUUUAUGAGAUCUUAAGGUUCCUGGUUAUCUCGGUGUGGUUGACAAAAAACGAAUUGCAGGCUUUCACCAAAUGGAAGAUUGUCAACGUGGGACCAUCAGUUUCCAUCAGAUGCAUGUAGGACAGGGUGUUUCAUUACUCAUGUCAGUAGAAUAUAUGUCUUAGAUUUCACAUGCAAAUUGGUUUCUAUCGCUGUCCCCCGUACAUUGUGAAAUAACUAAUGUUCAGAAUUGAGAUAUUCAAGCGCAGAGAAGUCGUGCUCUCAGAAGGCUGUUGAUUUUAACCUGUGCAUGACCACAUGAUUUCCUGAUGUCACCCCAUUGCAAUGGAUUGUUCCCUAACCCUAGCCCCUCCACGAUGUAAGGAUUAGGGUGAAUUCCACAUUAUUAAAUGUUAAAAUGUGUCGCUUAUACUGUCAGUAUUUUCUAGUAUUUUGAGAUCGGACAUGCAUGAAAAAAAGUGCUAGCUAUUCAAGGGAUUGCAAGAGGGGACAGACUGGACAGACUGGAUUCAUAAAGAUGUAUGCAAGAUGUAACCGACAUUGAGCUUGUGAAGCACAGACAUUGAGCUUGUGAAGCAGUGCAGUAACAGUCAUUGGGCUUGUGAGGCAGUGUGCUUAUCCAGUGUGGCUGAUGCCAGACCUGGCCUUAUCACAGAUUCAUCCUCAUUAUGCCACUGCUACUAGCCACACCCACUGCCAGCACAGCCAAUCAGGUCAGAGGGGAAUGGAACCAUACAGAGUUCAAGGAUAGGCUAAAAAGGCCUCCAGAACAGCCAGUAUUAUUUAUACCGGGUAAGGUGACUGAGCACGCAUGCUCUUUUGCAGCAACGCCUUGUUAAUGCCCCCCCCAACUAGUCUCACCUGCAUGUGUAUGGACUGUGGGAGGAAACCCACAUAGACAUGGGGAGAACAUGCAAACUCCACAUGGAAAGGCCCAGGCGGGAUUCAAGCCCUGGCGGGAUUCAAACCCAGAUCUUCUUGCCGUGCUAUCCACUGUGCCUCCAUGCUGCCUGGUAUAACUGGCCUUGCAUCUUCACAAUGAAUGUUCACAUAUCCAGUCAAGUCUUCAAUGAAGCUGUGACUUGCUAGAAAAAUAACGGAAUUUCAUUUUAAUAAAGACUGUGUACAUCUCAGUAACUGUCUUUAAGCAUUUGCCAGAUGACUGUAUUUGACCGUGGUUAACAAUAGCAACAGGUUAGGUGCCCCAGGAGCCUUGUAAUGAAAACAAUAAAACAAAUUGUACUAGCUUGCCUUGCACUUCAAAAAACA